AAGAAGAAGAAGGAGGAGGAGAGGAGGAGGAGGAGGAUGCCGCGGGUCUACAUCGGCAGACUGAGCUACCAGGCCCGGGAGAGGGACGUGGAGCGAUUCUUCAAAGGUUACGGUAAAAUCCUGGAGGUGGACAUAAAGAACGGAUAUGGCUUUGUUGAGUUUGAUGAUCCACGAGAUGCAGAUGAUGCAGUUUAUGAACUGAAUGGUAAAGAACUUUGUGGUGAAAGAGUAAUCGUUGAACAUGCUAGAGGUCCUCGGAGGGACGGUGGUUACAGCUCUCAGCGCAGUGGUUAUGGUUAUAGAAGAACUGGCAGAGACCGUUAUGGGCCACCUACUCGUACUGAAUAUAGACUUGUUGUGGAGAAUUUAUCUAGUCGGUGCAGCUGGCAAGAUUUAAAGGAUUAUAUGCGUCAAGCAGGAGAAGUGACAUAUGCAGAUGCACAUAAAGGAAGAAAGAAUGAAGGUGUGAUUGAAUUUAAGUCUUAUUCUGACAUGAAAAGAGCUCUUGAAAAACUAGAUGGGUCAGAGGUUAAUGGCAGAAAAAUUCGACUGAUUGAGGACAGGCCUUCAUCGAGACGACGACGCUCAUAUUCCAGGAGCCGGAGUCAUUCAAGGUCUCGCUCACCAAGCAGAAACCGUUCUCAUAAGAGCCGAAGCCACAGUAGAAGCAGCAAGAGCAGUCGAUCCCGAUCCAGGUCGCGUUCACACUCUAGAAGCAAAAGUCGCAGCAGAAGCAAAAGUCGGAGUGCGAGCAAGAACAAGAACCCAAGCCAGAGUAGAAGCAAAGAGAAGAAAAUCCGAGGCAGGAGUAGGAGUGGCAGUGAACCGAAAACUAAGAGCAGAAGCAAGAGUGUAGAGAAGAUUAGAGACAACAGUGCAGAAAUAAAGGUUGAGAAACGAAAUGAAAAUGGGGAGAAAGAGAGGAGUCUUAGUCGAGACAAAAUUAGGAAUAACGAUGGGGAAAAGAGGGUUAACAGAAGUAGAAGCAAAGAGAAGAGUAAGAGUCGAAGCCGCAGUGGCAGUCCUGCCAAUAGCAAAGUUAGGAGCAAGGACAAGAGCAAGAGUAGGAGCCGAAGUAAGAGCCAGGAAAGAAAGGGGAAGAAGAGGAGUAGGAGCCGGAGCAGGAGUCGGAGCAGGAGCCACAGCAAAGGUGGGAAAAGCAAAAAACACAAGCAUGGAAGCAAAACUAGAGGUUCCAGUAAGAGUAAAAAAAGAAAGAAUGAGGGUGAAGAUAAAGAAUCUAGAUCUAGGUCCAGAUCAAAAGAAAAGGAUGAACCUGAUGUGAAGUCGGAGACAGUGAAAAAAGAAACAAAGGUGAAGAAGAUCAAAUGGAUGGAGAAUCGGGUGUGAAGGAGCAGACAGAACCCAGCUGUAUAUCUCGGUCUAGGUCUAGGUCAUUGUCCCCAUUGAAUGUCAAAUCUCCGACUCAUUCCAGGCCAAAGUCCAACUCUAAAGCCAGAUCACAUUCAAAGUCGCGCUCACCUUCUAGAUCAGUGUCUAGGUCAAGGUCCCGCUCAAAGUCCUAAAUUUCUUAUGUUCUACAUUUUAUACGAAAACCUUUAACAGAUUUUUAUCUGGCAGGUCUGUUAGCUGUACCACAGAUAACACAAACAAUAGACACUGAUGCUGUACAUUUUUCAAAAUAGAAAGGAUGUAUUUAGUGUUAAAUUAAAGUUUAUGAUGGGCAUAUACUGUCAGAAGGAGGACUCGUGUGUAGGUAUGCUAUAAGCAGAGGCAAGUGCCCAUCACUGCUGGUGUUGUCAGAUAUGUAUGAUGAAGUCUUAAACGUUUUCCAUCUGUAUUGAUCAUUUUUUUAAAAAAAGAAUCUUUCUGAUGUUGUGGACUUCAUAGCCAAAAUGUUUAGCAUAAUGUAAAAUUUGCCAAUUCCAUGUAAUCAGAAUGUAGAAAUAUUUCCCUCCCCUCUGCCCUCAGUUGUGAAACAAAAAAAGCUCUUUGCCUGAAUUUCUGCUUGUAUUUUUUUUUCAUCUGGCUACCGCAUGUUUUUUUUUGGAUUGGUUUAAUAAAAUGUGAAUAAAUGUCUGCCUGGAAAA